GAAAUCAGAGAACGUUGGCUCUGAGGUUGAGUUUGCACUGCUGCUGAGUGACAGUCAGAAAUGCAGCAGCUCUACAUGAUGCUGAAAUAAAAUGAGAAUGUCUGUUCCAGCUGCUGUCAGUCCUCCUCCUCCUCCUGGUCUCUCUGCUGAGCAGCUGUGCUCCUCUCGUGCUCCCGCUGGACUGCAGCGAUGUCUACAACCAAGACAGCAGCCGACCCAGCGGCGUGUACACCAUCUGUCCCAUCGGAGCCACGUCUGCUGUCCAGGUGUACUGUGACAUGGACUCACUAAAUGGACGCUGGACGGUGUUCCAGAGGAGGACGGACGGCUCGGUGAACUUCUACAGACCCUGGAGUCAAUACAAGAUGGGCUUCGGUAACCCUGCCAGAGAGUACUGGCUCGGCCUCGAGAGGCUCUUCCACCUCACUCUGAGGAAAAGGUACGAGCUGCUGGUCGACAUGGAGGACUUCAGUGGAAACAAGGCGUUUGCUCGUUACUCCUCGUUCUCCAUCGAUCCAGAGUCCUACGGAUACAGACUGCACGUGUCUGGAUUCAUUAACGGAGGGGCAGGAGACAGUCUGAGUGCUCACAACGGACAGAAGUUCUCCACAUUUGACAAAGACCAGGACAGCUCAGACGCAAACUGUGCCAAAAGUUUCCAGGGUGCGUUCUGGUACAACAACUGUCAUGAAGCAAACCCUAACGGGGUUUAUCGUUGGGGGGCUGAUGGUACUAUCUUUGCUGUUGGCGUGGAGUGGUACCACUGGAAGGGUCAUGACUACUCCCUGAAGACCAUCAGCAUGAAGAUCCGUCCUGUGCAGUAAAUCUGCAGAACAAACACAGAGACAUUUAAUAAAUAUUAGUGCUGUUUAAA